AAACCCUUUUACAGAGAAAAAUGGUUAAAAUCUUCUAAAGAUCUUGAAUCUUAAAAAGACAAGACCAGAGAAAAAAUAAAAAAAGAAAACAGAUUUUGUUUUGAAGAAAAUACAAAUAUUGAUAAAGAGAAUGUCUUUAACAUGUGUGAAAAUUUCUGAGGAUGUUUGGUUAACUUGUCUUACACAUGCAUUGUCUACUGAAACCGAAGAGAUCAUGGGUCUUCUUCUAGGAGACAUCGAGUACUCAAAAGAUGGAAAUGUCACCGCAUUGAUAUGGGGAGCAUCGCCACAAUCACGAUCUGAUCGGCGGAAGGACCGAGUUGAGACAAAUCCUGAACAGUUGGCAGCUGCAUCAGCUCAAGCUGAUAGAAUGACUGCAUCGACUGGCAGAACAACAAGAGUGAUUGGGUGGUACCAUUCACAUCCCCAUAUUACUGUUCUUCCUUCUCAUGUUGAUAGCUUUACAUUUAUGAUUGGUUGCUUGAUGUUGAAAAGAUUUGCUACUUCUGCAGAUGUGCGGACUCAGGCAAUGUAUCAACUUUUAGAUUCCGGAUUUGUUGGGCUUAUAUUUUCUUGUUUUAGUGAGGAUAUAAACAAGAUGGGAAGAAUUCAAGUCAUUGCUUUUCAGUCAUCGGAUGGGAAACAAAAUAAUGUUUCAGGACCAAUUGCUUUAUUAUCUCCAUUGAAUAGAAGCUCAGUUAUUGAUCUUGAGUCAUCUUUAAGUUCUGAAAAUCCAUUGGUGACAUCUGGAUCUGCAGAAGCAGAUAGUCACAUGCAAGACACUGGUGAUUCCAGAUCCAUUCAAGAAUCUAGCAAGGGUGGUGGACGAUCUGUAGAUUUGGGAGGUUUCUUCGCUAAUGCUGAUGCGAACUAUCUAGGGCAAGAGCAAGGCAGAGGUUACUAUAAUACCAAUAACAUGAAGAAUGCUAUUGUCGAUAUUGAUCCCAUGGAUAUGUCAGAAAGCAUGCAAGAAGCCAUGCACCGCUCAAAUUUGGACAUGAGUGGUGCAGAGUAUGUCCGAAAAGAAAUUCCUCUUCAUGUUUUGCCAACAUGUUCUCUUAUUAAUCUUGAUUCUCCCUUAAAGUCUUUCACGGAUUUGCAACGUGUACUAUAUGAAGAGGAGCGAGCAGCAUAUAACCAAGCCAUCUUGCAAAAUAUGAGAGAUGGCAAAGUGCAUCCCCUUUCUUUCAUCCAUCACACAUCUACAUAUCAAGCUUCCAUGUGCAAGUUAAUCGAAUACUGUUUAAGUCCUGCCAUUAGUGCACUUCAGGAUCGAUUAAAGGAGAAUGAAAUCCGGUUAGCAAUGCUAACAGAUGAAGCUAAGACGUUGGACACUGAAACCUCAAAGGGGAGUGGACCAAGUUCUCCGAGUACUUCACAUGGAUUUCGAGGAAGCACUUUGGUUGGCCAGAGAGACUUGCAUAAUUCACCUGAAUCCAUUAGCACGAGUACAUUUGCUGGUACUGGGAGCCGAAGCAGAAAGCGAUCUUAAUGAAAUUUCCGUACCAAACCCACUUCUCCAUGCGUUUUGCUGAACAUGUUCUCGGGUUUAUCGGAGGAACUUCUCCAACUCGCUUGGAGGCGUUGAAGCUCAAGACAGUUUGUGAUGGUUGCCUCCGUAAGAGUCUUUGAAGAAACAAGCAAUGGUGAUGUACUGUAAAUAUUUUUGUUUCCUCGUGAUAUUGCAGUUUGAAUGUCAUGUUAUCGAUGAGGGGGAAGGGGACUUGUGCCCUUUUCUUGUGCUUAUUUUUCUUAAAUGUAUCUCUACUCUUUAAUUUAAUUUCUCAAUGACAUGUUAUGCAUUAUUUUUUUUUA